GGGCACACUAGAGUGGAACAGGUGACAAGAACACCAGGUGAGACCACUUUCUCUUCACACGCAAACACUUGCAACAAGUACCAUUUUUGUUGGUAACACAGAAGACAUGGCCUCAGACACCAAGGCCACAGACCCACUGGAGGUACUGAGACAGCAAUGUCUGGCCAGGGGAGUGGCUGGCAUCAAGGGACUGGCAAGGACGUUCCGCAUCAUGGACGAUGAUGGCAGUAAGUCUCUGGACCUGCAGGAGUUUAUUAAAGGACUGGAGGACUAUGGUGUGGUGGUGAGCAGAGAGGAGGCCCGGCAGAUCUUCACACUGUGUGACAAGGAUGGCAGUGGCAGCAUCAACUUCAACGAGUUUCUGGAGAAUCUGAGGCCUCCCAUGUCCAGUGCCAGGAUCUCUGUGAUCGGCCAGGCCUUUAAGAAGUUAGACCGGACAGGGGACGGGGUGGUGACUGUGGAGGACCUGAGGGGGGUCUACAACUGCUCACAACACCCCAAAUAUAAGAGUGGGGAGUGGACAGAGGAACAGGUCUUCCUAACCUUCCUCAGCAGCUUUGAUUCCCCCAACGACAAAGACGGCAAGGUAACUCAGGAGGAGUUCAUGAACUACUACAGUGGAGUGAGUGCCUCUAUUGACAGCGACGGAUACUUCGUUACUAUGAUGCAGAAUGCCUGGAAGCUGUAGGCACCGCUGGCUAUCUACAUUUACGUGUAUUCUACUAAUAUAUUUGGCUAAUCAUAAAAAGGCACCUUUGCAUUCAUUUAGAACUUAUGUAUGUGUACAUGUGAGAAAAUAGACAAAAUGCUAGUUUAUAGUUUUUCGAUGGAACAGAAUAGCUUUAAAUGCACAGAUACAACCGAUUUCUACUGAAGGAUUUAUAUAUAUUACAAAUAUUAAUCACGUUCCUUUGUGCCAUAUUGCUUUGUCUUGUUAAGAUCCCUCUUAUGGUUUAAGCUACAUCAUAAUUAUGCAAAUGUUUGCCAAAUAGACUACCUUUCUCGUAGCACAAUGAGUGUUCCUUUAAAGAUGCCUUAUCUACCUGCACAUAAGCUCACAGAUCGGGACCACCGUGUGCUGAAGCGAGUAGCGAGGUCCAUACAGAAAUGGUUUCUCGAGAUCGGUUUGGAAGAAUUUGACUGGCCUUCAGCUAUUUGUUAGUCAGCUUGUCUAUAAUUAGAUAUAAUGAGAAAUGAGAAGCUAUGUUUCAUGGGAAGACUAAAUAAACUCUUGCUCACCUGAAUAAUGUAAUACAUCGAUAUAAUGGAUGCUUCAACGUAGUUGA